AUGCUGACCUUCCCUGGAAAUAUUGUUUGGACCAAUAUCUCUGUCCAUUCUUGUGCUUAUCAAGAUAUUAUUUUCUACAAUGGUAAAUUUUAUGUUGCGGAUGUUCAUGGAGUUGUUUGUGGCUUUGAUGAUGCCAAUGGCCCAAAAGCAACAGUUAUUGCCCCUGCUCCAAUUGAAACCAAUGAUUUAUAUCAAAAGUAUCUAGCCGAAUCAUUAGGACAUCUUCUACUUGUUUCUCUUGUCCGAAAGGGUCUUUUAUUUGAUGAUGAUGAUGCAGAAGAAGAUGGUGAGGAAGAGGAAGAUCGUGAUGAUAAUGACGAGGACAAGGGUGACGUUGAUAGUAAUGAUAAUGUUGAUGAGGUGGAGGAUGUCAAAGACAGUGGCAACAAAGAGGAAGGAAAAGAAAGCUAG